UGUUUCGCAGGUGAGGUCAUGCCUCAGAUUGCUCCAGCUUCCAUCGUCCCGUCGUCAACCAGGCGCUGGGAUCAGGAACCACAUCAGCGCAACAAUGGCGCCCAAAGCCGCGCCCGCCAGUGCAUCAGGGAAGAACAAGAGGGAAUUCGUCCAUCCAUCGGCCAAGCAUGCGAGGAAGAAGGCAAUCAAGAAUGCUUUCGCCAUUGAGCCAAUCUCUGCCUUCUACAUGUUUCUGGCCGCCAACCUCGUUGCCGCCCUCUUUUCUCCGAUCCAAGACUGCGACGAGACGUUCAACUACUGGGAGCCAACCCACUACCUCAGCCAUGGCUACGGUCUGCAGACGUGGGAGUACUCGCCCGACUACGCCAUCCGCAGCUGGCUGUACAUUGCCAUCCACGCCAUCGGCGUCAACAUCCGCCGGCUGCUGCCGCACCCGUCCAAGACCGCCGAGUUCUACUUCCUCCGCUACCUGCUCGCUUUCGCCUGCGCUCUGUGCCAGACGCUCAUGUGGCGCGCCAUAUGCCUGGCCUUGAACCCGCGUGUUGGGCUCUUCUUCAUCCUCGCGCUGGUCUUCAGCCCAGGUAACUUCCACGCCAGCACCGCCUUCCUCCCGUCCAGCUUCGCCAUGUACAUGGCUAUGCUCGGAGCGGCGGCUUUCGUGAACUGGCGUGGCGGGAUCAAGACGUCGCAGGGUAUGUUUUGGUUCGCUCUGGGCGGCGUUCUUGGCUGGCCUUUUGCCAUUGCGUUGUGCGCCCCCUUUGUGGCCGAGGAAAUCUUCUUCGCGAUGCUGAGCGACAAGGAGCGCUUCUUCGAAUCGUUCAUCCGCCUUAGCCGCGGUGUCGUAGCAACGGUGCUCUUAGUUGCUUUCGACACUGCCGUCAACACCUUCUUUUACAGAAAGGUCGAGGUCGUGUCCUGGAACAUCGUCAAGUACAACAUCUUCUCGAAGACCGGCGGCCCAGAUCUGUACGGCACGGAACCGUGGACAUUCUAUUUCAAGAAUCUCCUGCUGAACUUCAAUGUUUGGUUCAUCCUCGCCUUGCUUUCCCUUCCGCUCUUCAUCCUCCAGAAGUUCGUCUCCCGCCGAACCACGGGCGAGACCUUCCAAUCCGGCCUGCGCACGCUCGUCUUCCUGUCGCCCUUUUACAUGUGGCUGGCCAUCUUCUCUCUGCAGCCGCACAAGGAAGAGCGGUUCAUGUACCCGGCGUACCCCUUCCUGGCCCUCAACGCCGCGCUGGCGCUGCACACCCUGCUCGCCUUCCUCGGCAACGCCGACCCCCGGACCCUGGUCGGCCGCAUCCCCGCCAAAGCAAAACUCGCCGUCGUGGCCCUCGGUCUCCUCUUCUCCAUCGACCUCGGCCUCGCACGCAUCUGGGGCCUCUACACGGGCUACCACGCGCCGCUGUCCGUCUACGCGCCGCUCGCCAGCGAGGUCGGCGGGCCGGGCGACACGGUCUGCCUCGGCAAGGACUGGCACCGCUUCCCCUCGUCGUUCUUCCUGCCCCGCGGCAUGCACGCCAAGUUCGUGCGCUCCGAGUUCCGCGGCCUGCUGCCCGGCGAGUUCUCCGAGGCCCGCACCGGCUUCGGCUUCUGGAGCGGCACCUGGCUGCCCACCAUCGGGCUGAACGACCGCAACGAGGAGGACCCGGGCAAGUACGUGGACCUGCGGGCCUGCGUGUUCUUGGUCGACACGCAGUUCCCCGAGCGCGGCGCGGACGAGCCGCUGCCGCCGAACGAGCCGGACUAUGCCAGGGACGUGCAGCGGUGGGAGGAGGUCAAGUGCGUGCCGUUCCUGGAUGCAGAGAGGACGCACUUCCUGGCGAGGGUGCUCUGGAUGCCGGACUUGGCGAUCGUGCCGGAGCGGCUGAGGAGGCGGUGGGGUAGGCAUUGCUUGUUGAAGCAGAAAAGGUGAAAACUGCGUUGCAAGGCGGCGACGACGAAGACGACGACGACGAUGACAACGACGACGAGUUACUAAUGAUUCGUAGGGGGUAUGAUGCAAUGGUGGACAGCAUCUCGUAGCAUAGACCUC